AUGAUUACUGGUUGCGAAGAAUGGGAAAAUUUGCACAAGUGGGGUAAGACUGGAAGAGUUGGGACUAACUGCGAGCAUCAUCAUCGAGAAUACAUCGCCAAAUGGAACAACAGAGCGGACACCAUUGUGCCUGGGUCUCCGGUUAGUGGUCAAUCCUCAACCGAUGAUGAUUAUCUCCCUUGGUAUAAAAUCAAGACCAUCAAAUUUAUCAAUGAUCCCAAUAAGUACAACUUUAUGGAGGAAGGGUUUCGUGAGUAUUCAGAUCGUGCAAAAUUUUAUGUUGAAGACUAUAACAAAUCAAAAGAUGUCUGCCAAAAUUCAGUGUGUAUGAAUCUCCUUGAUGAGAUCGUUAUUCAUGCUAUGAGUGCUUUAUUCGUUGGAGAAAAUGAGAUGCCAAUUUUGAAACCCAGCCGGUUAGCAAAGUUCGCAAGCGAAAUAUUCCUCACUGUGGGAUUGGAGGAGGCAGGCAGAAAAUCGAGCAAGAAGAAGAAGAAGAAGAUCAUGAACAGGAAUAUGAUUUUGAACUCAAUGUCGACUUGUUUCAAACUCCAACCCUCUAGCAACAAGAAGAAGACGAAGCCAACAAAGAAGGUGAAACUACAAGAAUGGAUGUGGAUGUUUCCCCCUUGA